CGAGAGUCGCGUGAGGGUGUUCUUGUCCGAGCUCUCGAAGAAGCCCUUUUCCGUCUCUCGCUCGCGACUCGCUCCAGGGCGAUCGGGGCUGGGUUUGCGAGCCAGCCUCCGUGGGUCGUGCCUAGGGCAUCGCAUGCUGUGCUUAUAUGCUGCAAGAUUGUCUUAGGGUGUAAUAGGCUUCUGACGCAGUGAUUAUGGAUAUGUUGAUAUCGGAGUUCAGUUCUUUUAAGCCACCAAAAUGUAGCUCGGGAGUGACAUGCACAUCGCAGUGGUAGAGGUAGAGAGCCGCGAGGGAAAGCGAGUCCCAGCCAUAUGGGAGUGAGGUGUUGACGUGAUCGCAGCUGUACCAGACUUGUGCAUCACCCGAUCCACGGCCACCAUGAACAUCCUGAGGUUGGGGAGAGAACCUCCGUCCCUUUACCACUGGACUGUCGUGCUGCUGGUGCUGGCGGCGGCUCUGUCUGUCCUGGGAUUCUCGGCUCAGGCCACUUCAGCAUUUGGACUUGACGGAGGCCUCUCGCGGGAACAGCCUCCGUCGCGUCCGGAGCAGAUCUGGGACAACCCUCUCCUUCGGCCGGCGUUCGACAACACGACGGAGACCAACAUCGUCACCUCCACCGGCCGCGUCGCCUACUUGCACUGCCGGGUCAACCACCUCGGGAACAGAGUGGUCACAUGGCUUCGGAAGCGCGACGCCCAUGUGUUAACCUCGGGCUUGUUCUCUUACACGAACGACCAGAGGUUCACCGCCCUGCACGCGGAGGGCUCGCCUGACUGGGUCCUCAAGAUAACCUACCCGCAGACGAGGGACUCCGGCAUCUACGAGUGCCAGGUGUCGACGGAGCCUAAGAUAUCGAGGUUCUACACCCUCAACGUCGUGGAGUCUGUUGCUGUGAUAGAAGGAUCUCGUGAUAUCCACAUGAGCGCUGGUAACACACUCAACCUUACCUGCUCUACGACUGUACGCGGGGACCUCCCAACCUAUUUCUACUGGUACCACAAUGACAAGGUAGUCCAGUACACCGGCAAGAAGGACGUGUCGGUGCAUACGGCGGACGGAAGGACCCAGCUCGUGGUGAGGGACGUCGGUCCAAAGCACUCCGGGAACUACACCUGCGCCCCCGAAAACGCCGCCCCCGCCACCGUCACGGUCUUCGUACUCAGCGGCGAGCACCCGGCGGCCAUGCAACACGGAGAGAGUUCCACGGCAGUUCCUCGGGCUUCUUUCCUCGUCCUGCUCGCUCUCUGCUCUGCCUUCAUCCUCUUUGCUAGAUGAUGGGAUAACCGACCAGCUUCUGAAGCGAGCGGGCGAUGAGGAGAGCGUGAGGAAAGCGCGGUGCAGGUGGUUUCCUCGCCUCCAGUUAGUUAAGCGAGUUAUCAGUUCACUGGAGGAAGUUCGCCGGUGAUUCUAAUUUCAUU